AGUGGAAAGAUGAUCAGGAAAACUGGGCAAUUAGUGCAUCCAUGCCAGGCUGGCCACCAUCACAUCCGACUUAGUUGAAAGGGUGAAAUGAGUGGGUUAGGCUGGAUCGAAGCCAUCAAAGUAAUGCUCAUCGUGUGUGCAAUCGGCAGAAAUGCCUUCGCCUCUCAGCCGGAGUCGCGAUAUAAAUGGACUACGAUGGACUGGCUGGAGGCCCAGAAUGUCACUCAUGAAGUGCACAAUGUGACCACGGCGGAUGGCUAUCAGCUGCAGGUGCAACGUCUGCCGCGUCUGGGAGCUAAGCCCGUGCUUCUGGUUCACGGACUACUGGGCUCCUCCCUGGGUUGGGUCUGCCUGGGUCCUGAGCGGAGUUUGGCCUUUCAGCUGUACAAGCGCGAGUACGACGUUUGGCUGGCGAACCUGCGCGGAGUGGCGCCCUACGGACGGCAGCACAUCGACUUGACCGAUGUGAUGGCCGAUUUUUGGCACUACAGUUUCCACGAGCAUGGCGCCUACGAUUUGCCAGCCAUAAUUGACCACAUGGCGGAGGUCACAGGCGGUGAGCAAGAGGAUCAUAAAGAUGGUCCCGAGGCGGAUGAGGAACAAAUGCCGCACCAGGUGCUGCUAAUUGGACACUCUCAGGCCUUUAAUGCAUUCCUGGUCCUGUGCUCUGUGCAUCCGCGGUUCAACCAGCGCAUUCAGCUGAUGCAGGCCCUGGCACCCUUGGCUCGACUGCAUCGACAGGUGCGAUUCGAUUCCUUUCAGGUGCGCAACUUUAUGAAGUUUAUCAAGAAACGCCAAAAGAGUAAUAAGUUUGAGAUCUUUCCGCCUGGCUACUUUCGAAAAAUUUGUCAAAGCAAAAGAGAUCUUUGCGAAUAUUAUACCAAGCAGUUGGCAGGCAGUGCGCAGAGUAACAAAAAGUUACUAGAACCCUUUAACUACGAAAACCUACUACAAGGCGGUUCCGCGAGGGAGAUAAAACAUCUACACCAGAUAUGGAAAUCGGGUGACUUUAUUUCCUAUGAUUUUGGACCAGUUGAGAAUAUGCAAAUAUAUCACGGAGUAGAAGCCCUCUCUUACAAUAUAAGUCAGAUCACAGUGCCGAUUAUUUUAUAUUUUGGAGAAACCGAUGCGAUUGCCACGCCAGAAGGCGUACAUGCGAUCUAUGCCAAAAUGCUAAAAUCAGUGAAAAGUGUAAGGAGAAUCAACUCGCCAAAGUUCAACCACUUUGAUUUCCUGAUCUCCAACGAUGUUAAAGGCCUGGUCAACGACAAGUUAAUUGAGCAAAUGGGACAGUUUCUGGAUGGGCGAUUGCCAUACGUAAUUGAAUGACCGCCAAAUAAAAAGGUGUCAUCAAAGGCGUUCAUUGAGAUCCAUUGUACUACCAAAUGACGAACAAAAAGUAAUUGCCCAGCGAAAUGGUUUAUUUGCCUUGGCAUUCGGCCAAAAAUGACAAUUAUGUAAUGCGGUAGCCAAAACCAAAAUCAUAAAAAAUAUAUACAUAUAGAUGUAUAAUUCAAAAAGGCAGCCGCCAAGUGGUCGACACUUUUACUUUCUUUUGAUGGCCAACACAAAAAAGGUAUCUGUUUGCAGUGUCUUUUGUGCUGCUUUUGGCCAAAAAAAAGGUUUGGGUUAUUAAGUCAUAUCGAUGGUAAGACGAAAGAGGAGAACUAAUGAUAAUUACCUUAAUGGAAAUGUUUUGACUGGUCUUACAACGGGUGGUAGGUGGGUGGUUUGCACUUAAUAAAUAUUGUAAAUUUAACAGGUGAAUUAUUAAAAC